AGUUGUUUGCCAACUGGCAGUAAAAAUUUAAAAAGAAGAAGAAGAAGGCCAUUUCCCCUCAAACAGUGCCGUGAGAGCGACGUAGCCGACUUUAUUGUUCUCAAUAUCUCCACUACUCUCGAUAUUUUAACGAGAGUCUUUGGUUGCCUUUUGUGUGCUGUUGUUUGUGCUUCAGCAUGGCGGUCGUCAUCCGUUUACAGGGACUGAGAGUCACAGCGGGUUCUGAGGAUAUUCGCAGGUUCUUCACUGGUCUCAAAAUUCCUGAUGGAGGGGUGCAUAUAAUUGGUGGGGAGCGAGACGAGGCUUUCAUUAUCUUUGCUUCAGAUGAAGAUGCAAGAAGAGCCAUGACACGGUCAGGUGGUGUCAUUAGAGGCUCACCUGUUACAUUGCUGUUAAGUAGUAAAGCAGAGAUGCAGAAUAUGCUCGAAAGAACAACAAAAAUUGUGGAGAGGGAUCAGAAAAGGCGGCUUGAAGAUGACGUUGGACAUCCUCGCAGAUCUAUGGAGCCAGAGAUGGGCAGGAGAUCAGCCAGCAGAUCGGGUGACACACCUCCACCCCUGCUCCAGAGGGCCCCAAACACAGAUGAUGUGUUUUUGUUUCUAAAAGGACUGCCUUUCUCUGUCACUGAAAAGGAAAUUUGUGACUUUUUUGGUGGUUUAGUUGUUGAUGAAGUUGUUUUAAUAAAAAAUCGCCAAGGAUUAAACAAUGGAACAGGUUUUGUCAAAUUUGCAACAAGAGAGGAUGCAAUGGAAGGGUUGAAGAGAGAUCGGGAAUACAUUGGCUCAAGGUAUAUUGAGAUCUCCACGACAACAUUGAAUGAUUGGCAUCGGGUUACUGGUAGAAUGCCAACAGCUAUCAUAGAUGGGAGUUUCCAAAGGGGGCGAUCACCCAUUCCCAAUCAGAGGGAUCCACAGCACCGUGUAAGGUCACGAUCGCCUGUGGCUCAGAGGCGCAUUGCUCCUUCAGAAGGGGAGUACUGUGUUUUGUUGGAAAAUCUGUCAUUUGCAGUGGAAAAAGAAGAUAUAAAACGGCUUUUUCAUAAUGCGAAACUUGGGGAUGACCAGAUCCUGCACUUGAUUGACUCUGACGGGAAACGAAAAAGAUCUGCACUGGUGCUGUUCAAGAGUUUGCGUGACUAUUGUGAAGCUUUAGCUCAUGAAAAAAGACAGUUUUUCAAUCGACUAGUGCAUACCCGUCCAGUUUCGAGGGAGAACAUGAUUGCCCUUCUGAAACCUCAAGGUACCACUGUCCGGCCUUCUGGAAACUCGGAAAGGUUUCAGGAGAGGCCUGCGUCUUACUCCAGUGAUCCUUAUGACUCAGAGAAGAUGUGUGUGUUUGUGCGAAACCUGCCAUUUGACGUACGAAAAGUUGAGAUCAUCGACUUCUUCCACGGGUUUAAUAUCACAGAGGACAAUGUGUGUGUGCUGCAGGACCGAGAAGGUGCUGGGGUUGGACAAGCUUUGGUGGUCUUUGGAUCUGAGGCCGAGGCUAUGAGGGCACUCAUUCUCGAUGGACGACGGUUUCUUGGGUCAAAAGUCAUACUAAAAUGCAUUACACGUUCUGAGAUGCAGGAGUUGGGUGCUGAUCCACCAGUGGUGCAAGAGCCACUGCUGAGAGGGGAGCAGUACUCGAGCAAGAGCAGCGAAGCAUCUUAUCUCACUGGUGACACUUCAUAUCCUGACUUCAGGUUUCCUCGUGAUGGGGGUAUACCAGUAACUGAUGCACAGGACAGCAUCCAUGGAGGUAUUGAUUAUGAGCCUCGUGCAGCGCGGUCUCGUUCUCCAGAAGACCGGGGCAAUGGAGUUCGUGGCAGUUUUCGCUCCCCAGUGGAGCCUUUUGACGCGCCCACCUGUGUUCAGUUAGUCAACCUACCUUUUCAAAUCAGAAGUGAAGAAAUCUACGAUUUUUGUUACGGAUAUCGUAUAAUACCUGGGUCUGUGUCACUGCAGUAUGACCAGAGUGGAAAACCUAAAGGCUCUGCUACUUUGGUAUUUGAGUCUCGUCGAGAGGCUUUAACGGCAGUUGAAGAACUAGGUGGAAGACCAAUAGGGCAGAGAAAAAUAAAGCUGCUCCUUGUGUGAAAGUAAAAUUGCUUUUCGUUGCACUUAAAAUUCCAGGUGUAAUUGGAAAUGUAAACAGUGAUGAUUUGAAAAACCACUGCGUUGUGUUUUGACUUAGGUUUUUUUUGUUUUGUUUUUUUUGUAGGGGGAAAAAAGGGAGGGUGAUGGGGGAUGUUGAUAUGGGAUGACUGAUUCUAACUAUAAAGUGAGCUUGCGUGUAUUUAAUUUAGCCUUCUUUUAUUUGUUAAAAGCGAUACUCUAUUUCAAUUUUUGAUUGAACUUGUGAUGGUGUGAAAAAAUGUGUAUUCCAUUUCAUCUUACUGUCUUUUUGUACACUGUCAUUUUAAAAUAAAAAAAAUGAUGCUUUUGAAUUGUUAACAUUAAAUUAGGAUCUGCUGAUCAAGCUUGUCUAUACAGGAUACAGAUAAAUAAUGAAUAAAAAAUAUUUUGAGUUCA